AUUAUCAGCACGGUGGAUAUGAGCUUCAGCCUUCACACCUCCAGAGGGAUGAUGGAGACGUGGAGAUGAGGGGUGUCCUGAAGUACCAAGUCAGACACACUCCCUAUACUAUGGGACAUGACAAGAGGAGAGUGAAAUGGCAUAGUGAAGGCCAAAUCCGUGUUACUCUGUGGAGUAACAGGAAACAUCUCACGAGAGAGAUGGGGGAGGACACAAGAGAUGGAACCCAGUCCAGUUGGUUCAAGAUCACAAUUCCCUUUGGAAAAAAGUAUGACAAGACCUGGCUAAUGAAUUCACUCCAGAGCCAUUGCAGUGUCCCCUUCACUCCAGUGGACUUUCAUUAUGUGCAACACAGGGCUCGGUUCUUUGUCCAGGAUGCUAGCGCUGCUUCUGCACUGAUGGAUGUCAGCUACAAGAUUUGCGAUGAGGAGAACAAAAAGAUACCUAUCUUUGUCAAUACUUCUGCUGUACCUUACUCUGUGCGGGAUAAGUUGGCGCCAGAAAAAAUGGAGCAGCUAAAGCUGACCAUGAGCAAACGAUAUGAGGUCUCCCGGAAAGCUCUUGAUCUCCAGAGCCUACGCUAUGACCCAGACUUGGUGGGCCACGGCAUUGACAUAAUCCUGAAUCGCAGAAACUGCAUGACCGCCGCCCUGCAGAUCAUCAAAAUGAAUUUCCCGGAGCUGUUGUCCUUGGACUUGCACAGCAACAGACUCUUUCAGCUGGAUGGCCUGUCUGAUAUUACACAGAUGGUCCCCACAGUCAGGAUCCUGAACCUGUCCAAAAAUGAGCUUAACUCCACCUGGGAGUUGGGGAAGAUCAAAGGCCUGAAGCUCGAAGAGCUGUGGCUGGAAGGGAACCCCUUGUGUGACACCUUCCCAGACCAAUCUACCUACGUAAGUGCCAUCAGGAAAUGUUUCCCCAAGUUGUUACGCUUGGAUGGCCGGGAUUUACCCCCACCAAUUACCGCUGACGUUGACAGGCCCGACCUAAUAAAGCCCUACAAGGAACGGUAUGAAGGAUCUGAUGUUGUGAAGAGUCUAGUGCUGCAGUUCCUGCAGCAAUACUACUUGAUCUAUGACUCUGGAGACAGACAGAGUCUCCUCGGUGCUUAUCACGAUGAGGCCUGCUUCUCCCUGACCAUUCCUUUCAACCCGAACGAUCCAGACCCAAGCAGCUUGUUCGAGUACUUCAAAUAUAACAGGAAUAUGAAGAACCUCAAGGACCCCAACCUGCGCUUUCAGCUGCUGAAACAUACAAAACGUGACAUUGUGUGCUCCCUCAGUGUGUUGCCCAAAACUCAGCAUGACUUCAGCUCCUUCAUCUUGGACACGUGGUUCCAGUCGGAAAGCAUGAUCUUCGUCUGUGUCAACGGGGUGUUCAAGGAAGUGGAAGGAAGGUCUCAGGGUUCUGUCCGUGCCUUCAGCCGGACCUUCAUCGCUACCCCUGCCAGCAAUUCCAGUAUGUUCAUCGUGAAUGAUGAGCUGUUUGUGAGGGUCGCCACCACCUGUGAGUCUCAGAGGGCAUUCUCUAUCACAGUGCCCACACCUUCCUGCAGUUCUGAGCCCACCCUCUCCCAGGAGCAGCAGAAAAUGGUGCUGCUUUUCUCCAUGCAGUCUGGCAUGAAACCGCAGUGGUCUCAGAAGUGCCUUCAGGAAAACGAGUGGAACUACACCAGAGCUGCUCAGGUCUUCACUAUGCUCAAGAUGAAGGGCACGAUCCCGGAGGAGGCCUUCAAACAAAUCCCUUAA